AGUCAGCACUGACCGAAGUGAGACGUAAGAACUGAGCAUGCGUCAUCAUUACUCAUUCUAAGUUUAUUAUGUCAGAUCGAGUACAGUAGGUAUAUUCUAUAGUACGGACUAAGGAGUUAGAGUCGCGUUGUAUUCACUUACGACUGUAAAAAUAUAUGUAAUCAUGUGUGAUUAAAGCAAAUUUGCUGUGAUUACUUAAAUAAUUAACAGAAUCUGUAAUGGAUUGUUAUACAGAAUAGGUAGGUACUUAAAUUGUGUUUGACAGUGAUAAUAAAAUGUCCAUAAGUGUUUGUUGUUAACUGACGGACCUAGUACCUACACAGGUACUAUAACUAUUUGUUAUCAGUUGUAACCGUUAUCUUUUUUUAUUCGAUCGAUAACGAUAUGAACAUACAUAUUUACGGAGAGUCAAGUUUGAGCCAUGUUUCUACAUUACUGUGUGCGACGGCAUUUCGGAAAAAUAUUGAUAUUAGCUGUCGUCUCUUACGCAUUAUACUUGUAUCAUAUUUACAGUACAAAAUUAUACGAUAUUAGAGCACACAGGAAGGAAAUAGUAUCACAUCUUCGUCACAAAAACUUAAAAUACAUAUUGCAAUGGACGCGAAGAUUCAGUGCACCAUUCGACUUUAUGGGAGAAGGCAAUUCCGCGUUUAUACAAAACAAGUGUAAGUUUACAAACUGUUAUGUCACAGAUGACACACAAUACUUUCUCGACCACAGAGAGUUUGACGCUAUUGCUUUCAACAGCAGAGACGUAAUUCAUCUCUGGCCUUUUCAAAUGCCUCAACAUCGAUCACCGAAGCAGAAGUAUAUAUUUGGUGGUAUGGAAUCUCCCGACUUUUUUCCCGCAUGCAGUGAGAAUCUGGACGGAUUCUUCAACUGGACUUGGACGUACAAAUUAGAUUCAAAUUUCCGAUGGGGAUACAUAACUAUCUAUGAUUUAAAUGAAAACGUUGUCGGUCCGAAAAUCGACAUGAUAUGGCCAAUUAAAAUGGAGCCAAUUAGUGAAGAGUUAAAGGUUAAAUUGUCAAUUAAAACCAAAGCAGUUGCGUGGUUUGUAUCGCAUUGUAAAACCAAACGUAGAAGAGAAGAAUUUGUAGCUGUGUUGAGCGAUGAGUUAGAAAAGUGGGGUUGGACAGUUGAUAUCUACGGGGCGUGUGGUCCGUUAAGUUGUCCGCGAAGUGAUUCUAGUUCAUGUUUUAAAAUGAUCGAGGAGCAGUAUCAUUUCUAUCUGUCCUUUGAGAAUUCGUUCGCUGAGGAUUACGUGACUGAGAAGCUAUUGACGGCGCUCAACAAUUACGCUGUACCUGUUGUUUUUGGAGGAGCAGACUAUACAAGAUUCCUUCCUGAAGGAAGUUACCUGAACGCCUUAGCCCUUGGACCAGAGAAGCUUGCCGAGGAAAUUAACGACAUAAUGGCGAACAAGACAAAGUAUUAUGACUACUUCCGUUGGAGGAACCAUUUUGUGUACAAAUCAACAGAGAAGUUGGAUGUUUGUAACUUGUGCGAGUGGUUAAAUAAAGACGACAAAGUAAAUGAAGUGACUGUAUGGAACGACUUCAGAACUUGGUGGAAUGGUGCUAGAUUUAAAGAAAAUUGUGCUUAGGUUUCGAGGUACUGGACGAUAGUGUUCAGACAAUAUAGUGAUAAUUUGACAAGAUCUGUUACAGUUAUAAAUUAUAAUACACUGCUGUAUCUUUAUCGCCCCGAAAUUUUUAAAGGGUUAAGAAAUUUUUUUGUAAUUCAUAUGUAGUUCAAUAAUUUAUUGUAAUUAAGGUAAGGACAGCAAUUUUUAUUUAUUUUAGUUUAGUUGUCAUUUGUGGCUUAACUUUCUAGGCUAUUAAGGUCUAUUCAGAGAGCAUUCAACGAAAGAGUUGAUUUGAGAAACGCAUUUGGUUAUCGUGUCUGUAUCCCGUAUUUUUGUAGUUUUAAACUUAAAUUAUUUUAUAAUAAUUUUAUAAUUGGAGAUACUUCAGCAUUGAUUAUCACAAUUAACAUUUGUAAUAAUUAUCUAUUAUAUUAAAUAAUUAUUUGCUUUAUAAAUUGAAGUUACAUAGAUAUUUUGUUUCGCUUUGUUUUAAUUUAUUUCUUUAUAAUUACAUUAUUGUAUUGUUUUCGUUUUAUAUUAAGUAUCUUCCUAUCUUAUAGGUAAAUAUGUGUAUCAACUAUCAUUAUCUAGUAACCAAUAGGAUAACUGUAAAAAUGAUUAUGAAUGACAUUUUUGAGCGGCGCAUUAUAACUGCAGUAAGUGGCAGCUCGCGUCAUUUCUAUAGCAGUUUGCGUGCGAGCAACAUUACAGGAUGAGCAAUAGAAUUUGGUCAUUAUUUCUUUAUUGUGUGCAGCAAGAGAUUGAAUUAUGGAACAAAACUAAAAUAUGAAUUAAUGGAUUGAUGACGCGCAGCGCAGCACCGCUCUAGUGCGACAUGCACCAUACAAAAUUAUUGAAAUAAUAUUUCGACGUUUUGUGCCGCGCAGUGUAAUGUGGUCCGACAAUUAGAUUUUAUUCUAAUAUUUUAAAAGAUUUUUUUUAAUAUUUCGUAUCAUUAAUUUGAUUUAUGUAAAUUUAUUUUUAAAUAAUCGUUUUGGUUUUAUUCAAUUAUUAAUUUGUAAUAUAAAAAUAAUAAAUACAAUUGAAAUUUUAUUUUA